AAUGCUAUCUUAUCCUGGAUAACAUUUCAGCUACUUCCUCCACUCUUCGGUCCUUCAUGUUCCACGCUGUCACCGCCCGGUAGCCUCACACAAACCCAAAAUGGCGUUCUCAUCGUCCCUAUGGUCUUCCCUCAUUGUUCCAAACCCCAACAGAACCACCAUUUCCCCUCGAUUCUCUCACAAACCGCACAAAUUGCGGCUGUCGCCGGCAUUUGCCAUCCCGCCGCUCUCGACAGCUACCGCGGCCGACGUAUCGGGUGCUAUCGACGGGACUACAGUGGCUGUGGUGAGCGGGGGGUUCGUGGCGGCGCUGGCUGCUGUGCUGUCGCUGACGGACCCCGAGCGGCGGCGACAGAUGCAGGCGGAGGAAGUGGGGGGAGGAGACAAGGAGGUGGUGAGGGAGUACUUCAACAACUCCGGGUUCCAGCGCUGGAAGAAAAUCUACGGCGACACAGACGAGGUGAACCGGGUUCAGCGCGACAUUCGGUUGGGACACUCGAAGACCGUAGAGAACACGCUGAGCAUGUUGAAGGACGAAGGAUCGCUUCAGGGCGUUACGGUUUGCGACGCCGGGUGUGGGACCGGUUCGCUCUCGAUUCCUCUCGCGAAAGAGGGGGCUGUCGUGUUCGCCAGUGAUAUCUCCGCAGCUAUGGUUGCUGAAGCUGAGAAACAGGCAAAAGAACAACUUGUAGCCAGUGAGAACGGAUCUACCCCUGUGGUGCCAAAGUUUGUAGUGAAGGAUUUGGAGAGUUUGGAUGGAAAGUAUGACACGGUGGUCUGCCUUGAUGUUUUGAUUCAUUACCCUCAAAGUAAAGCUGAUGGGAUGAUCGGCCACCUUGCUUCAUUGGCCAACAACCGAUUGAUUCUGAGUUUUGCUCCGAAGACGUUUUAUUAUGAUAUACUAAAGAGGAUUGGAGAGUUGUUCCCUGGUCCUUCAAAGGCAACAAGAGCAUAUCUUCACUCCGAAGCAGAUGUUGAAAGGGCAUUGAAAAAGGUUGGCUGGACCAUAAGGAAGAAAGGCUUAAUCACUACUCAAUUUUACUUUGCCAAACUCAUUGAGGCUGUUCCUAUGUAGUGAGGACUGAAAGAUUGUCCGAACGCAUUUCACCAUGGAAAUGUGGAAGAAGAUGCUUCUACAGAUAUCGUUCCGAGUUAGGUGUUCUCUUCCGGAACCAAGGUGGUAUGCAAGUUAUAGCAAGCAUUAUAUGGAUUGGACUCUGUUUGGAAGAUUUAACUCGCUAUGAGAAGGUAUGGUUUUGACCAAAGCAAUGUAGACCAUACUGUAUUAUUAAAGCUGUGUAGAGGUCUGAAAUGUUUUGUAUAAUUAGAGGAAAUUCUUAGUGUAAAUUGUAAGGCGUUCUGUGUCGUUAUUUUAUAUCCCAUUAUUCUCCACCUAUAAUUCUAUCAUGUAUAUUUCUUCACAGUGUAGAAGAUGCUGAUGAAUUGAGGCUAUGUUGUUUUCUGGGGGUAAAAAGAGUGAAGUGGUUCACUGUAAAUUUGUGUGCAACUGGUGAGUUACUGGUCCAUUGGGUUAGUAGAAUGGAGGCAAGCUCCUCAUAUGUUUUGUCCA